AUGCUGAGGAGGUUUGACUAUGGGGAGCGCUUCUGGGACAGCAUGGGCAGUACCAACUUGGCGACCCCUGAAGACUUCCUUGGGGGGGACCAGUCUGUCCAGUGUGUGACCUUCUGCAGCGGCUGGAGCCUCAUGGGGGAACUCCUGGAGGUUCAGGGUGGGGCAUUUGCCACCCCUCCGGAGGGGGCCUCGCCGCGCCUGCUGCACUGCGCGCCGUGCGCCUCCUGGCCAGUCCUUAACCCACGCACUCCGUUUGAGUACAUGAUCCUGGCCACAAUCAUCGCCAACUGCAUCGUGCUGGCGCUGGAGCAGCACCUCCCCGACGGGGACAAGACGCCCAUGUCCGAGCGGCUGGACGACACAGAGCCCUAUUUCAUUGGCAUCUUCUGCUUUGAGGCGGGGAUCAAGAUCAUAGCCCUGGGCUUUGUCUUCCACAAGGGCUCCUACUUGCGGAACGGCUGGAACGUCAUGGACUUCGUGGUGGUUCUCACAGGGAUCCUGGCCACGGCUGGCACUGACUUUGACCUGCGGACCCUGCGGGCUGUGCGCGUGCUCAGGCCCCUGAAGUUGGUGUCUGGGAUUCCGAGUUUGCAGGUGGUGCUCAAGUCCAUCAUGAAGGCCAUGGUUCCACUCCUGCAGAUUGGGCUGCUUCUCUUCUUCGCCAUCCUUAUGUUCGCGAUCAUCGGCCUCGAGUUCUACAUGGGCAAAUUCCACAAGGCCUGUUUCCCCAACGGCACAGAUCCAGAUCCAGUGGGUGACUUCCCCUGUGGCAAAGAGGCCCCAGCCCGGCUGUGUGAGGGUGACACUGAAUGUCGGGAAUACUGGCCAGGCCCCAACUUUGGCAUCACCAACUUUGACAAUAUCCUGUUUGCCAUCUUGACGGUAUUCCAGUGCAUCACCAUGGAGGGCUGGACUGACAUCCUCUACAACACAAAUGAUGCAGCUGGUAACACCUGGAACUGGCUCUACUUCAUCCCUCUCAUCAUCAUUGGCUCCUUCUUCAUGCUCAACCUGGUGCUGGGCGUGCUCUCAGGAGAGUUUGCCAAGGAGCGUGAGAGGGUCGAGAACCGCCGGGCCUUCUUGAAGCUUCGCCGGCAGCAGCAGAUCGAGCGGGAGCUCAAUGGGUACCUGGAGUGGAUCUUCAAGGCCGGUGAGAACCAGGGGCCACUGCAGUGCUCCUGGCCUGGCCUCUGUCAGUGGCCAUGGGGAGGAUGA